AUGUCUAGCGAUGACCCUUUUGCCUUUGUGCAAGAGCAACCCGACCGGAAGCAGCCCAAAAAGCCGCACUGGAGAGAGAAGUUGUUCUCCAAGGACAAACAGAACCGAGGCUCGACCGACCAACAGAUCGAAGCCUUCCUAGCCCCCGUCCGUUCCAAGUCCGUUUCCUAUGGAGUGUCCUCCUCGUCCGCAACCCCUCGUGGUGUCCCGACCCCUCGUUUAGACGUCCCCCAUCGCUGGCCGGCCCCGCAGGACGUCUUAAAUGCCACCUCCCCAGUCUCCAACCCCUCGCCGACGACGGACCAGUACCAAUCGGUCACUCUUCCCCGCCCUCCAAAAAAGUCUCGCGCUCGCAAGGGACUGAAGGUCACCUUCGCCGAUAAAGGUCCGGAGGUCAUUGGCGAGGGCGGUGAUGAAUCGGAGCUCCCGACCAUCGAGAUCUCACUAUGCCGCAAUCGCCGGCGCAGCAAGAGUGCUGGUGAGGUUGCGGACGAUUCUAAACUGCCGUAUCUUCGACUGGAUACAUCCUUUGGGGAGUCCGAUGACCGUGGAUCGUUUGACAAAACACAUCAGCGGAGAAAUACUGGCGAUGAACUGAGACCGACAGACCGGAAACCUUUAAUCCAGAACGCCCAGGAUUCCGACUUCUUGAUGACAUUAAACAUCGGAGAUGGGAACCGCCGCGUGUCAUUCCGAGCUUCGCCGGAAUCCAACUCCUUCGCGCAGCGCGUUCGUGCAAAGAUGCAGGCCGAGGAAGGGCGUGCCUUGCAGCACCACUACCAAGAUCCGCAGUCGCCUGCGACUGAAGACCCUGAUGCGCAGCAAUCUCCCGCCGAGGUGGCACCUGAUAGCCCUGAUUCCAUGUAUGAGACGCCUUCAGUCUCAGGGAGUGAGCAUUCUCCCCCGGCCUAUGUUCUGCGGAGUCCUCCGAGCCCUGCGGCGCGAAGCCCACCCAAGCCUUACCCUGCGGAGCCCACUCUGCCGACUGAUCUGACUCCAGGUGGAAAUGCACGGCAACUGUCGCCGCCAAAGCCAAGCUACAUGCCCGCCGACCCGGCGUUGGAGAGCUCCAGCCGUCCAACGAGUCGAGAUAACCGCGAGAAUCCCCGUAGCAGUCCACAGCCACCUAAGAUGUCAUUACGCUCCCUUGCUAAUCAAGUCGGUGACACUGCUUUUGCCGACUUGAAGGCAUAUGCGGUCCAGUAUGGAAGCGUCAUCCAGAUAUCUGCGGAACAGGCAAAACCGCUGAUGGAAACCUCCCUGGUCGAGUGGAUGAGGGCUGCUGUUUGGUGGUUCAUGCGGGGGAAAAAGAGGCUUGAAUUAUAUGCGCGAUCACGGUCAUCGAGUUCAGGGAGGGCAUCUUCGCGUACUUCUCCAAAACAAGCCGUGGUGGACCUUGCUAAGGCCUUGUGGAUCAACGAGCAUAUCGUUCCUCAACAUCCAGAAUUGGCUCGGUAUGGGAGGAUGAGCAUCGACUCGCUGUUAGCGGUUGUGAGCACGACCGGUGAUCACCACUUAGCCGAGCUUCUCAGUUUGCACCAUACAAUCAUGAACCAUGUGCGCUCCUUAGCCAUGUCUAUCAAAAGGAACAAUAUUCUUGAUGUCAUCGCUACGGAGAGUGAUGGAUCUACCAAGAUCGACACGAGUGUGUGGCUGCGAUACCCGUUCUUUGCUCCUGAUGUGUCCGCCGUUCUCUCGGGUGCGGCUUCACGAUCUAUGCUGGUCGACAAGCCUGAAAAAAGUCCCAGUCUGAUUCAUAUGAUGCCGCUGGGCGACACCAGCAGAUAUUUCAGUUACGGCAGUAUGUUCGUGGAUGUAUGCGUGAGUUCGCGGGAAGACGACAGCCAACAACAGUUUUCUAUCCCAUGCGCUCUGUCCAUCAUCCGAGACCGCGCGGAUUGGUAUGUUUUUGCGGCUAUCGCCAGCCAGAGCGACCUGGUCAACGUAAUGAUCCAGUCCGAUAGGAAGAGGGGACCUACGUGGGAUGACGUGGAUUGGCAGGUCCGAUCGCACUCGAUGCGGGUCAAACUUCCUCGUGGGUUCGAGUUGGAUAUUAUGUUUCAGGAGGAUGAUUUUAAAAACUUGUGGAAUAUUGUGCAGUAUACCCGGAAAACGGAGGCAAGCCUCCAACCAGAGGCGGGAGAAACCAUGAUCUUCGAGACUUCCCUGAAAGUCUUCCAGUACAUGGACCCCGGCACGCCCAAGGCCUUCCCUGUGGAACCCAUUGAGCGGUGCCGUGUCCGGCUUUUCGAACGUUCCGUGUCUGUGACAGAAGGAACCGGGACCCGAAAUGCGCAUCGAGGGUUCCGGAUUACCGUUCUCACCAGCCCUAAGGUGAAGACCCUGAGCAACGUGAAACAUAUCGUGGGUCAUGGAACGCCUAUUGUUUUUGGUCUGCUUCGCGGUGAAGAUGCGGCCCCGGCUAUGUUGAUCAAAGCCAAGGAGGAUGGCCGGACCCGUACGAUGCUGAUGACAUUCCAAAGCGUUGAGGAACGCACCACGAUGCAUUCUCUCCUUUUGGGAAUGCUGCCUAAGGAGGGUGAGGUCAAGACCUCGGAAAUUCCCAUUCGCGCCUAUUCUAUCGAGCAGCCGGGCGAUCGGUCAAGCGGGCUUCCACCCAAGACACACGUUCAAUUCCCGGCCGGGACCGUCACGGUGAUUGACCAAGCCCACGGAGGAUAUGUUGAGCAUGGAUACGGCCCGACUGUACUGUCGGAGAACCUCCGGGCCUUUGUCGCGACCGAAUGGGGCUCCGCUACGGAUCGCAUCAAUCUGGGACCUGGUGAACUGAAGUUGGGACUGGAUAUUAACAAUCGGACUGGACUGAGCCUGUAUCGCCCUGCACAACAGGAUCUGACUGUCUCCGUGGCGGAGAACCUCGUUACUCCUGAGAUGCCGGAUACGCUGACAGAAUUUCUGCAACUCGCUAUGGUCAAACCUAUGAUUCGACGAUUCGACUUUGCAACUGUCAAAGAUCUUCACAAGUUUCAAGCCGCGGUCACCGGAUUCCAGGUGCUGUUUGAUAGCGUUGCUUCUUCCUUCUCUAUCUCUCGCCGUCGCAUGGUGGUUCCGAUUACGAAGAAGUGGGAGGCGAGCAUGGCCCGGAUUCAGAUCGUGCAACAGGAGAAAGUCGUCCAGUUGAUCGCAUUUUUGAAUGAUUUCAACCAUGGGAAGUGUAUGAACUUUGUCCUCAAGGGGACUGAUACGCUAGAGAGCUUUGGCCGGUCUGGCAAAUUCGGGGUUCGCAUUGUCGACGCCAAGUUCGCCCUGCCGAAGACCGACGAUGAUCCUGCAUCGAAUUUUGUUUGUUUGGAUAUGCCGGAAUACGCUAUUGAACAUGACGAUAUCUCUAUUACUUUCGACUCCGAAGAAGAGAUUGGCACCUCGACGCGCUCUCUCCACGCCGACGAUGCGCUGAACGUGGUCUCGGAUGUGGCGCCUCCCCUCCAUGUUGCGACCACUUUCCGCUAUUCAGACAACCCGGACGACCUAGUGCCCUUGGUGGAUCUUAGCGGCUAUGAUCAGGAUAAAACGAAGCAUGUCUACUCCCGCGCGACAGCGCCGAAUUACACGCGGUUCGAGGCCAUUCUGUCAUCCCUGCUGAACGGAGAAGCCAUCAGCUACUCGUCUGGGCUGUCAGCUUUGCAUGCAGCGCUCGUCCUGCUGAAUCCUCGUCGCAUCGCGAUCGGUAAUGGCUACCACGGAUGCCAUGGUGUGAUUGCUAUGGUCGGCCGUAUGACUGGCCUCCAGAAGAUUGACCUGAACUGCCCGGCGGAGCAAUUGGAGUCGGGUGAUGUCAUCCUCCUGGAGACGCCCGUGAAUCCGGAGGGCAUUGCAUUCAACAUUGAGGAAUACGCGAAGAAAGCGCACUCGCGCGGGGCCUACUUGAUUGUUGACAGCACUUUUGCUCCGCCACCGCUUCAAGACCCAUUCCAAUGGGGUGCCGACCUCGUGAUGCAUUCGGGAUCAAAAUACUUCGGCGGCCACAGCGAUGUUCUCUGUGGUGUCUUAGCCACCCAACGUAAGGACUGGGCUCGCCAGCUGUUCUCCGACCGUGUGUUCCUGGGCAGUGUGAUGGGCAACAUGGAAGCCUGGUUGGGAGUGCGGAGCUUGCGGACGCUCGACCUGCGUGUCCAGCGUCAGAGCGAGAACGCAACGAAGCUGGUGACCUGGUUGCAUGAUGCGCUGCAGACGUCGAACCCUGCACCUGGUAGCGACGAGGCUAUCACGCAGGCAGCUUUAGAGCAGGUAUUCCACGCGAGUCUACAGAAGGACGAUGCGCCCUGGCUGUCCCGGCAGAUGCCCAACGGGUUCGGACCCGUGUUCUCCAUCACCAUGAAGGAGAAGGACUUUGCGCGCAAACUCCCCAGCAAGCUAUCCUUCUUCCAGCAUGCUACCAGCCUGGGCGGCGUGGAGACAUUGAUUGAAUGGCGUACGAUGUCUGAUUCCACGGUGGACCAACGCCUGUUGCGUAUCAGCGUGGGCCUGGAGAACUGGGAGGACCUUCGGAAGGAUCUGAAGACCUCGCGAUAUCUGAACGAGACAUACUGUAUAUACACCAUGUCCUCACAACCCUCCUUCCAGAUCCACUACUUCUCCACUGCAUCGACCUUCACGGGCAAACAGACCGAACGGCUGCCCGCCCCGCUGCCGCUGCACCGUCUUUUUGACGAGCUCGAAUCCCGCUACCCGGGAAUCAAGUCGAAGGUGCUGAGCAGCUGCGGCGUCAGUCUGGGCGAGGAGUACGUCGAAGUGGAGGGCGAGGACGCGGAGACUGUCAUCCAGGCAGGCGACGAGGUGGCUAUCAUCCCGCCUACAACGCAAGAGAAGGAGGGAACGACUGUGCCAACAAUUUCCAUACUUCCAUACCAUCCAUCGUCCUCGGGCUAG